AUGCCCAUGCAGACAAACUGCAAACAUCAGGGACGACCAUUGGCAACCUUGACCGCCAACAGCCACGACAAAUCUGCCGUGCUCAGUUUCCCAGCUUGCUGCAUGAUGCGACGGCGUUUUUUCUCCUGCGCCCGGCACAGACAAUUUGCUGCAAACAAGCUAGCAUUGAUCAAGACAGGACAUUAUACCAUGUCUGAUGGCCACCAGUCUAUGUCCUGGCUCUUCACCUCUCGGGUUGCUUGCGCCAACUGCCGCUUCAGCGCCUGUCGCGCUGCUUUCAAAUCUGCCAAACGGUCUGCCGGCGGCGCAACGGCCGCAACAUCAGCAGGUGCUGCUUCUGACGACAUGGCUUCGCAGCAAGUGCGUCAAGGUGAGGGUCACCCAGGGCAAGUUCCUUCUGGCCAAAAGCUUGCAGUGGCCCUGCGGCAGCUGGCAGAACGGAAAGGUGUAGCAAUGAGUGCCAUUCGUCAAGCCAUUGCCUUCGCACAUGGCCCCUUUGUGCAGGCAACGGAGGCGGACGCCAUACGCUUGCACGAUGACAUCAGCAGCUACACAGGUACUCAUGUUCAUGGUGGUCCUGAGUCCGGUGCUUUGGGCUUAGGCACCGUGAACUUGUGGCGAUGA